UUGUGUCAGUUGUAACUUGUCCGGCCUGGCGAUCGGUUGCUCCCACUGCGUAGCGUGUUUCAUCAGUAUUCCUAUACUUAAACUUGCGAGAGAGACAGAUAGAGAGAGAGAGAGCAGUGGGAUAAUGUCGUGGCUGGUGCUUUUACUGAUCCUCUAUGUGAUCUGGGAUGUAAACUACUUCAUUCGCUGUGUAUUCACCGUGUUUGCCGGCAAGCUGUUUCAGCGAAAACGCAAAGUCACCGACACCACCACCAUCUAUGGCCUGUGCACCUCCCAGGAUGUGGACAUAUUCAUCCGGCACAUGAACAAUGCCCGCUACCUGCGUGAACUGGACUUUGCCCGUUUCCACUUUUACGCUCUGACCGGUCUCUAUGAGCGUAUACGGGAGCAGCGCGGUGGGGCCGUCCAAGGAGCCAGCAGUGUACGCUAUCGUCGCACCAUACCCAUUUUCCAUCCGUAUAAGAUUCAGACGAAGCUCAUUUGGUGGGAUGAUAAGGCCAUCUAUUUGGAGCAACAAUUUGUUACCCUCUCGGAUGGUUUCGUGCGCGCCAUCGCCAUGUCGAAGCAAUCGAUCACCAAUUGCAAUGUCCUCGAUAUCCUCAAGAAGUAUCCAGAGGCCAAGCAGAGGCCAGAAAUGCCCACCGAACUGAAACUCUGGCUGGAUGCCAUCGAAUUGUCCAGCCAGAAGUUGCGUAAGGAGAAAUGAAACUGAUGCAGACUAUGUUCGAUAUCAUUUGCAUAAUAUCGAAUGAUAUUAGUGAUUAAGUCGCUACCUCUCUUCUGUUUUUUCUUUUCGCU